AAACCCAACAAUAACCUAAAAAAAGGAAAAAAGACACAAACCUUGAGAUUUGGGUCCAAAAAAUAUCAAUCCUUUCUAAUACUUAACUUCCAAACCCCAUGACCACUUUCAAAUAUUUAGUCUUCUUCCUCUCAUUUGCUUCAUUCAUUGCUUCAAUCCUCUCUAACUCAGAAGGGGAUGCUCUUGCUGCAUGCAUGGAAAGCUCAAUUGGUCGAUCCAAACAAUGUUCUUCAAAGUUGGGACCCCACCCUUGUAAACCCAUGCACUUGGUUCCACAUCACGUGCGACAGUAAUAACUUUGUCGUCAGAGUGGAUCUUGGCAAUGCUAAUCUCUCCGGACCGCUUAUUCCCGAACUUUCAAGCUUAAAAAAACUUCAAUAUUUGAUGGUAUAUGACAAUAGUUUGAGUGGUUCAAUUCCAAGGGAGUUGGGGAUAUUGACAAAUUUGAAAAGUUUGUUUCUAUACAAUAACUACUUCUCUGGGCCUUUACCAUCUUCAUUGGGAAGUUUGAGCUCUUUGUUAUUCUUUGAAGCACAAGACAACAGUUUUAGUGGAAGGAUUCCAGCAUCAUUUGGGGCUUUGACAUCUUUGAAGAGAUUGAGAUUAGACAAUAACAAUCUUAGUGGUAACAUCCCUUUCACUGUUCUACAACUGGUUGAGUUUGCCAAUCUUCAGCUUCUGAAUGUUUCACUGAACUCGUUUUCUGGGACAGUUCGCCCGACUAAUUCAUCAGAGUUGGCAGUGACUACAAUAAUACAAGACCCACUAGCUCAAAUUUAAAUUUGAAGGAAGAUGAAGAAAUGUCAAAACCUUGAGAUAAAAAUGUGAGAUAAUAAUUUCUAUCUGAAUCCCAAAGACUCUUUUUUGAAUAAUUGUGUGAUUUCUUUGUGUUUUUUUCUGGAGCAACUUUGAUGAGUAAAAGGAAGAUAAAGUUUUUCUUUGCAAUUUAAGAAA